ACAACGAGUUUACAUCCUUCAGUUGUGGUGGAAGCAUAAUAAAAAUACUAUAAUAAUUAAAGAAUUUAGUGGUAAAUAUCCAGGUAUUGCGAUACCCACUCGAUACUAUAUGUGGAAGUUGAAUAAGAAAUUUGAAAACACAGGAAGUGUUUUAAAUGCCCGAAAUGUGAUCGUCCACGAUCAAUUUGCAACGAAGAAAACCUGCAGACAGUUGUUCAAGCUUUUGUAGACAGUAGAGAUUUUUUAAUUUUGAGAGUUCAAAUUUAAUGAAUGGAUUGGUCGCUGUGGUACAAUCGAUUGGCCUGUGCGCUCACCAGACCUGACCCCAUGUGAUUUUUCACUGUGGGGUAUUAUAAAGGAGACUGUGUAUGCUUUAAAACAGCAAAAUCUUGACGAACUCAGAAACCUAUUUAGAAAUGCAUAUGAACUUGUUAAUAACGAUAUUUCCUUUAUUGCUAAAACAUUAUGAUUCUGUUCUCAGUCAUUGUAUGAAGUAUAUAAAAAGUGUAUGCAGAAAGUGGACAUUUCCAACAACUGCUAUAACAUUGUAUGUUAAUAUGUAAGUAAUUUCAUAUAAUGAAUUUGUUUUCAUGCCUAAAAGUGUUUUAUUCAAUUAACCUAUAACACCUUUAAAUUUAUCUUCUGGGGAAACUAACAUAUGCCCCACACUGUAUGUGUACCACCUGAAGAUGUGAAACACUCCCUCUUAGAGGGUUUAACGUUAUACCUGGGAAGAAAGUUCAUCAUUAGUUCUAUGUUUAGCUGGACUUGAUGACUAAGACCUGGGGUCUAGACAGUUUCCCCCUGUUGGCCAUGAUACACACAAUGUUGAAGACAUCGUCUGACAGUGAGCCAGUAACACAACUGACAAGGACAGAGUCUGACAUUGACAUUGUAAGCCACCUCAAGUCUAUCAAGAAACCAAUUGCCAGAUGGAUGAUCAGGCAACUGAUGGGACUGGCGAGCACGGCGGCGGGGAGGCGGGAGGUGACCAAGGAUGCCAGUUUGAGGAUGGUACAUCAACUACGGCUUGGCUACCUAUGGCUGGCCCACCUUAUGAAUAGAGAUGCUCGCCUGCCUGCCCCUGAACUCCUAUGGUUUUGCACCCACCACGAAAUCGGCCUGCUACUACGAGGUCCCAAUCCACAACUUUUACACAAAAUCAGUCGUAGACAGCGCAGUUGGCAGCAGUGGGAUCGUCUGCAGUUUCCUGAGGUGAUGACAGGUCUGCCAGUCCCAGUCCAGUUGAGCUCCCAUCCCUUAGUGUCAAGCGAGGAGCAGGUGCAAGGCACUCUAGUAUGUCCUGGCAGUGUGAGGGGCCGAGCAUGUGUUUUGUUGAACUGCUCUGACUCUGCCAGUCUACAGGCUGGGGACAUUCUUAUCACACACAGCACUGAUGUUGGCUGGACCCCUCUCUUCCCUCUUCUGGCAGGAGUGGUCACUGAGCUUGGUGGCUUGAUAUCUCAUGGUGCUGUGGUUGCAAGGGAGUAUGGUUUGCCCUGCGUUGUUGGAGCAACAAAUGCAACUCUCAUUUUCAAAACUGGUGAUGAAGUUUACUUGGAUGGAAAAAGCGGAUUAGUGCAGAAAGUGUCUUCUAUUGCAAAACAGAAACAAAAAUCUUGAUACAACUCUAUGAAAAGGAAUAUUUAAGUGAUUUAGAUUAUCUAAUCUAAAUUGGUAUCUAAUCUAUCUGAUCUAAAUUAAUCUAAUUGAAAGUCCUAGGCCCUUUUCUGUUUUUAAUCCUGAUAAACGAUUUACCAUCUAGUUUAAGCUAUAAAUCUGUAGUUUUUGCUGACGCUACUACACUGUACUGUAGUAUGCCAAAUAAGGAUCUAAACAAUCUUAGCCUAUUUAUGUCAAACGCUCUUGAAGAAAGCAUACAUUGGUUUAAGGUGAAUGGCCUAUCUUUGAACCAAACUAAAACACAACACUUAGUUUUUACUCUAAGCAGAGCCCAUGUCAGUCACGAAAAUUACAGUAAUGUAAAUCUCCUUGGCUUUGUACUUGACCCUUGUCUAAACUGGAGUGCACACAUCCAAAAGGCUUGUGCUAGACUAAAUAGAGUAAUCUACUUAUUAAGAAACUUAAGAAAUAAGUUACCACAGCCACUAUUAAAAAAUGCUUAUUUUGCUUUUUUCCAUAGCAUUCUGUUGUAUGGGAUAAGUGUUUGGGGUGGAAGUCACCAUCUAAAAAGUGUAUUGUUACUAAAAAAAAGCAAUAAGAAUUAUGAGAAGGGCAUCAUUAAAUGCUCAUUGUAAACCUUUUUUUUUAUUACUGAGGGAAUUUUAACUGUAGUAAAUGUGUGUGUGUGUGUGUGUGUGUGUGUGUGUGUGUGUGUGUGUGUGUGUGUGUGUGUGUGUGUGUCUUAGUAAAGUUAAGGAAAAUAUUGAUAGUUUUAAGCUGAUCUGUGAUAACCACCAACAUAACACCAGAAAUGACUAUCAGUUGCAAGAACCCUUCUGUAGGCUAAGUCUAACAAAAAAUUGGCUUGAUAGUGUCAGUCUUAAAAUGUUCAAUAAGUUACCACCUUGUGUUCAUCAAGUAAGCCUUUGCAAAUUUCGGUCUUCCGUGUACAAUUUCCUAGUGGUUAGGCCAUUUUAUGAUAUUAAGGAAUUUUCUGAGUUACCAUCUAGGGAAUUCAUUACUGCUUUUAGUUCGGGCUAGCCCAUUUUUUUCUGUAGGCUACCUUUUUACAUUGAUGUGUUGUUUAAAAUGUCUAUAUUAUUGUACCUACUGUAAAUGUUUCACGUAUGCCUGAUCUGUAUUUUAGUGUUUUAAACCAGUUAGAUGUUUUUAUUGUAAAUGUUGUUUUAACUUUCUGACAAAUCAACCAUUUAUGUAAAUAGUUAUGACAUGUAGGCAUUGUUAUGCAACCAUAUUAAUUGGUGUUCUAGGUACAAUGAUACUGUACUGAAACAGAUUGACUUACUAUAUUGACAUUGUCUAUUGCUUGUUACAGUUUAAUGACAGAAAUAAAUCUUGAAUCUUGAUA